AUGGGUGACGUAGAUAACGUCAACAGAAACGUCAGGAAUGAACCAGCUGACUUAAAUGUCAGAAGGGUGGCACCUCUUGUGCCCGAAGCUGCACUUUAUGACUGGGUACAGCCCACAACUGAUAAUCUGGCCACUGCCAUAGUUGUGCCCAUAAUUCAAGCGGAGACAUUCCAGAUCACCAACAACAUGUUGCAUCUGCUGCAGAAUAAAGGACUGUUCUCCGGGUCACACAUUGAAGACUCGCAACAACACUUGAAGAAUUUUCUGUCAAUUUGUAUGACCCAAAGGCAGCCAAAUGCAACUCCAGAAGCUAUCAAGCUGCUACUGUUUCCAUUCUCGGUAACCGGGGAAGCUCAGACUUGGCUAAAUUCGCUCCCUAUCAACUCUAUUACCACCUGGGAGGAAUUAGUCAAGCAGUUCCUGAACAAGUUCUAUCCGCCUAACAAGACUGCAAAACAGAUUGAUGACAUAUUGCAGUAUAGACAGCAUCCCUCUGAGUCCUUGCAAGAAACUUGGGAAAGAUUUAAAGGGAUAUUCUACAUGGGGCUAGCUGACAAUUUGAAAGCAAAUGUGGAUGUGUCAGUUGGAGGUGCAUUUUUAAGUAAAACAUUCACUGAGUGCAAAAUCCUUCUCGAUAAGAUGUCACAAAAUUUGGGGUGGAUGACUAGAGGUACAACACUGGCACCCAUAGUACAUUCAGUUACUCUUGACCCAAAUAAUUUGCAUGAAGAGAACAUGGCCACACUCAUGACCCAGAUGAGCAUAUUGGCAAAGAAGAUUGAUGAGAUGGGUACAAAACAAGUGCACAUUGUUGAUACAACAAAUGGGGGACUGUGUACACCUUGUAUUAAUCAGUCUUAUGUGUGUUCAUGGAGUGGAGAAGGUGAAAAUCAAAGGGCAAGGGAAGAUAUGAAUUAUGUCAACAACAAUGGGGGUCAGAGGCAAGGAGCACAGCAGUGGAGACCGCAGCAAAAUCAGCAGUACAAGCCUAAUAUGCAGCAGCCUGGGGGUAUGCACCCUCAAAACCAAUUGGUGCCAGUACCAUAUCAGAAAUCACAGGGCUAUCCACAGCAAAAUCAGCAACAAUUGACAUACCAACCACCCCCUCAGCAGCAAGAUAACAACAUGCUGGGUCAGCUGUCCAUGGCUUUGAACAACCGUCCUCAGGGAACUUUGCCUGCAGACACAAACAUAAACCCCAAGGACCAAAACCCGAAUCAGCUGAUGGCAGUAAGUCUCCGGAAUGGGAGAGAUUUAGACAGAGAGCAGGAAAUUGCACAAGCCAGCAAGGACACUACAUCAGCCACUCCAGUUCAAUUAGAGGUAGAAGAACCAACAAAACUUACUGAAGUGGUGGUUGAGCAGAGUCAGGAGGAAAAAAAAGCAAAGAAAAGAUGA